GGCGCGGGCCCUUCCUCCUCCCGCUAACGGGCGGGCCGGCCGCCUCCGUCCUCUCCGGGCCAUCGGCAGCGCUCUUUCCCUCCUCUGCUGUCCUCGGGCAGGGCUGCGCCCUUCUAUGGGCAGAACCCCGUCCCCUCUUGCCCGCUGGACAGUUGCUGUGCGACUUGGACAGUAGAGGAGCGCCUCCCAAGUUUUCAUCCAACUGCCACCCCCAAAGCUUCCACCCUCCUCCCCUCAGAGAGAGGACGUUUGAUGCCCGGCCCCUGAGAUUCUCAUUGGCAAGCCCCUCUGGGUCCCCCUGAGCAGAGCCUGCCGACCCAAUUGCCCAUCUUUGCGGCUUUGAUGCUUAACCAUGUCUGCCUCAUCCUCAGGCGGCUCCCCCAGGUUUCCAUCGUGUGGGAAGAACGGAGUAACGAGUCUCACACAGAAAAAAGUCUUGAGAACACCUUGUGGCGCACCCAGUGUAACUGUUACGAUCCAUCUUUUUUGUGUUGCCCUCCCCUGCCUGCCAGAAGUGAACCAUGAAGGACCGAUCUUCAACUCCCCCCUUACAUGUUCACGUGGAUGAGAACACUCCUGUCCACGUCCACAUAAAAAAACUCCCGAAACCAUCAGCAGCCAGCAGCCAGAAAUCUCAUAAGCGCGGAAUGAAAGGGGACACCGUGAAUGUACGGCGGAGUGUCCGGGUGAAAACCAAGGUACCUUGGAUGCCCCCUGGAAAAUCAUCUGCCCGGCAUGUGGGAUGCAAGUGGGAGAAUCCACCUCAUUGCCUGGAGAUCACACCACCAUCUUCAGAAAAGCUGGUCUCGGUGAUGCGAUUAAGUGACCUUUCUACAGAAGACGACGAUUCAGGUCACUGUAAAAUGAACCGUUACGAUAAGAAGAUUGACAGUCUAAUGAACGCGGUCGGUUGUCUCAAAUCUGAGGUCAAGAUGCAGAAAGGUGAACGCCAAAUGGCCAAAAGGUUCCUGGAGGAGAGGAAAGAAGAGCUGGAGGAGGUAGCACACGAGCUUGCAGAGACGGAGCAUGAGAACACGGUGCUCAGACACAACAUCGAGCGUAUCAAGGAGGAGAAGGACUUCACCAUGCUACAAAAGAAACACCUCCAGCAGGAGAAGGAAUGCCUCAUGUCCAAACUAGUGGAGGCUGAAAUGGAUGGAGCAGCUGCUGCCAAGCAGGUCAUGGCCUUGAAGGAUACCAUCGGGAAGCUGAAAACCGAGAAACAGAUGACUUGCACCGACAUCAACACCUUAACAAGGCAGAAGGAACUUCUCCUGCAGAAGCUGAGUACCUUUGAGGAGACCAAUCGCACCCUCCGAGAUCUGUUGAGGGAACAGCACUGCAAAGAGGAUUCCGAGAGACUAAUGGAGCAACAAGGUACAUUACUGAAGCGUCUGGCAGAGGCAGACUCAGAGAAAGCGCGCCUGCUGUUACUACUGCAAGACAAGGACAAGGAGGUGGAAGAACUACUCCAGGAGAUACAAUGUGAAAAGGCUCAAGCAAAGACAGCGUCUGAGCUUUCCAAGUCCAUGGAGUCCAUGCGGGGGCAUUUGCAGGCACAGCUUCGCUGCAAAGAGGCUGAGAACAGUCGCCUAUGCAUGCAGAUCAAGAACUUAGAACGCAGUGGGAACCAGCAUAAGGCGGAAGUAGAGGCCAUCAUGGAGCAGCUAAAGGAACUGAAGCAGAAGGGAGACCGAGACAAAGAGACCCUGAAGAAGGCCAUCCGAGCCCAGAAGGAGCGAGCCGAGAAGAGUGAGGAGUAUGCCGAGCAGCUGCAUGUGCAACUGGCCGACAAGGACCUUUAUGUUGCUGAAGCUUUAUCUACUCUGGAGUCAUGGAGGAGCCGUUACAACCAGGUUGUGAAGGACAAAGGAGAUCUUGAGUUGGAGAUUAUCGUCCUAAAUGACCGGGUGACAGAUCUUGUAAACCAACAACAAAGCUUGGAGGAGAAGAUGCGGGAAGACCGGGACAGCUUGGUAGAGAGACUGCACCGGCAGACUGCUGAGUAUUCUGCAUUCAAGCUAGAGAACGAGAGGCUCAAGGCUAGCUUUGCCCCUAUGGAGGACAAGCUCAACCAGGCUCACUUGGAGGUUCAGCAGCUGAAGGCGUCAGUGAAGAACUACGAGGGGAUGAUAGACAACUACAAGAGCCAGGUGAUGAAAACAAGAUUGGAGGCUGAUGAAGUGGCUGCGCAGCUAGAGCGCUGCGACAAAGAGAACAAGAUGCUUAAAGACGAGAUGAACAAAGAGAUCGAGGCGGCCCGUCGGCAGUUCCAGUCACAGCUGGCUGACCUACAACAGCUGCCUGACAUCCUCAAGAUCACGGAGGCCAAGCUGGCUGAGUGCCAAGACCAGCUGCAGGGCUACGAGAGGAAGAACAUCGACCUCACAGCCAUCAUUUCAGACCUGCGCAGCCGGAUCGAACAUCAGGGGGACAAGCUGGAGAUGGCGAGAGAGAAACAUCAGGCUUCCCAGAAGGAAAAUAAACAGCUGAGUCAGAAGGUGGAUGAACUGGAGAGGAAACUGGAGGCUACCAGCGCCCAGAAUGUCGAGUUCCUACAGGUGAUUGCCAAGAGGGAGGAGGCAAUCCACCAGGCUCAGCUCCGGCUGGAAGAGAAAACGAGGGAGUGUGGGUCCUUGGCGAGGCAGUUGGAGAGUGCCAUUGAAGAUGCCAGGCGACAGGUGGAGCAAACCAAGGAACAGGCGCUCUCCAAGGAACGAGCAGCCCAGAGCAAAAUCCUGGACCUUGAGACCCAGCUGAGCAGGACCAAGACAGAACUUGGCCAGCUGCGGCGGACUCGUGAUGAUGCGGAUCGCAGAUACCAGAGCCGCCUACAGGAUCUGAAAGAUCGCCUGGAGCAGUCUGAGAGUACCAACCGCAGCAUGCAGAAUUAUGUCCAAUUCCUCAAGGCCUCUUAUGCAAAUGUGUUUGGGGAUGCUCCCUAUACAUCCUCCUACCUGACAAGCUCACCCAUCCGCUCCCGAUCGCCCCCUGCCUGAGGCCACCUGUCCAGGGUGUAAAGCCCAUGCCUGAUGCCAGACAACUGUGGAGUUAGCAAACCAUAGCUGGCAAGCCCACUCGUUUUCAAAUGUGCUCAGGGUCUGUUUCUCAACUAAUGCCAGGAAGGCUCCUAGAGCAGCCAGGGAUGAGUCAGGAACAAUCUGGUUAUCUUUCCUGACCUGGGAACCUGGUGGACUUCUCUAAUCCUCACAGCCAUACAUUUGCCACAUUAGGUACCAGAUUUUGAAAUCCCUGGAACUUUACAUACAGAGUCUGCUUCCUUUCCUCAGGGAAUGUUUGGACGGACUGUUCAUGCAGACUCCUCCCAGCCCUCCUCUUUCCAGGCAUACCAGGCAUCCAUCUCUCUCUCUCUCUCUCUCUCUCUCUCUCUCUCUCUCUCUCUCUCUCUCUCUCUCUUUCUCUCGGGGGUUUUUUGAGCUGAAGUUGCAGGAAUCCUUCUCCAACUGAA